AUGAUGGACCAGAUACUGAAUAAAGAUUUGGAUCAUAAUCAUCUGUACAAGAAUAUGUUGUUGGCGGAAGAGCGAGGAGUAAUUCCCGAGAUUGAAGUACUUCUGCUAGCUUUGAUUCCGUCGAUUUCAUGGUUAUUGUCUGAAAAUGUAUUUGUGUUCUACACGGACCGUCUAUACAUGGAGCAUCAAGCAGGUGCUCAAGCAAUGCUUCCACCUGGAACCAGAUGCGAUCAGUUCAUUCUUCAAAAGAUGUUGAGUGUCGGUGGAUUCGGACAGAUUUUUGAAGCAGGAACUAUUGGAAAUUCAAGAGAAAAAAGUGUUGUGAAAGUAGAAGCCAAGACGGCGAUGGUGCAGUGUUACUCGGGAAUUCAAACAAUUUUUUUUGAUUUUCAGUUCCAACUUUUAUACAAUGAAUGCGGAUGUAUCAAGAGUCUGAAUUCUGCAUACAAUCCAAAUGGCUUACUCGAAGCAACACCAUUUCUUCGUUUUCAUGGAUACGGUACUAUCGAUGGAUAUCGUUGGUUGGCUAUGGAGAAGUGUGGUUCUAAUUUGAGUGAUUUGAGAAAAGCGACACCAUUGAAUCGAUUCAGUAUUCCAACAUCAUUGUUCAUUCUCUCGAAAUUUAUUGAAGCUCUUCAAAUGAUGCAUACAAUUGGAUGGCUUCAUCGUGACGUGAAACCAGCAAAUGUUUGCAUUGGACUUCACUCGCCACGUCAUUUAUACUUGUUGGAUUUCGGGAUGAGUCGAAUUUAUGUGGAGAAGGACGGGACUAUCAAACCAAGACGAGUGACUGCUCCUUUCCGGGGAACUCUACGAUACGUCUCAGUUAAUAUUCAUCGUAGACAAGAUGCCAGUCGAUGGGAUGACAUUUGGAGUGCUUUCUACAUUGCCACUGAGAACAUGGUUGGUUAUUUGCCGUGGCGUCGAAUGGGAGAUACGAAAAAAGUGGAGGAUACAAAGGUUAUAUCUGAUCUAUCUCGUCUCAAAUAUGGAUCUGAAUCAGCAAGACCAAAUUGUAUGAGAGUAAUCGAAGAUUAUCUGAAUGUCUCUCAGAUCAAUCCAUCCUAUUUUUACGAGUCACCACCUUAUGAUUUGAUGCGUCGGGAAAUUGAUACUGAUCUUCGUCUUCGUGGUUACUCACUAUCAUCCGUUCGUCUCGAUUGGAUGACUGUACAGUAUGCCCCAACAUCUCAAUAUCACUUGAGCCCUUAUUCAAAUCAAAAUCGCAUGAUGACGCCUCAGAAAAUUCAGAAAAAAGUGGAUAGAAUGGAAAGAGAAUACGAAAGAUCUGUGUGCUUUUACUGA